UCUUGUCCCUCUCGACGCCUCCCCUUGAGAGAUAUCUAUCCGCCUCACUUGUGCACUUGUAGAAACGUUGCCUUUCUCCUUGCCUCGGGCUACUUGGUAGUGCGCUAAGCAAAGCUGUCGUCACCAUGGCCAGCGACGGGAUCAAAGACGUCCACGAAAACAUGCCCGGCUACAUCGAGGCCAACCACUGGGCGAUUCCUUACUGCAGUAAUCACCAUAUCGAAAACCCCCAGUUGAAUCUCAAGAUGCUCCAGCAUGUCAACUGUAGCUACCUGUCGACUCCAGGCCGUCCACCGACGUUAGAAGCCCUGAAGCAGCACGCCCAGUCUCUGACCGUGCUGAUAUCGUCUUUGGCACCGAACGCAUUCUCGGCUGAAAUCGACAAUGAAAAUAAUGGCGGGAGGGUGCAACAGCAGUUCCAGAGGCAUGAAGCCUUCGACUGGCUCAAUAACUUGAAGAUCCCCUACGACAAUAUCGAUAAGGCGCAUCGGCUGCCUCUCAACAGCCUGGCGAACUUGGUGAGACGGAACAACGACGUCGAAGGGGUCGAGUUCCAUUGCCCCUUGACGCUGGCUCCCCAACGGGCCGAGCAGAACUCGCAUCGGGAGGCUUCUCGUCCGUAUAGUACUCAUAUGAACUUGCUGAUGCACGCCAACGACUGCCUCGAGCGGCUCGACCACGAGUACUCGGCCAUGGGCGGGAUCCUCUCGAUUAUCCCUAGCGAUAGGGAAGACGUGGGCGAGCGUCCGGAUCUUGAAGAUGCCAAGCGCACGCUGGUCGGCCAGUGGAUCUUGGGCACGCAGCACCUCUUCGGGCGCAUGCACGAGCUCGAGAUCGCGUACGCCAACGCGAUCGAUCUCCUCGCCACCGAGGCUUACGUGCCGGCGCAAAGUCUCAGCGCCCACGGACCGGACGGGCGAUCCGGCAGAGAGAUUAUAUACCCGCAAGACCAAUGGAUACUAGCCAACGCCGGAAAGGACGUGUUCGACUUUAUACACCAGAGGCUUAACAUGAAGGAGGCCGUUUUGCAGCAGCAAGACACGGCGUGGGCGAACAAGGGUAUGGUGGGAGACCGAUUGCGGAACCGGCAGUACGGCGAGGACGAGGACAGCCUCCGAGGUAUCGUCCACGUCGACCUCAACACCCGAUUCUACCGGAUAAAAGGCACACGGCACAGCCCCAUCUUCGUCCUCCCAGCGUUCUCGGACCGUCCCGGCACGGAGUACACGAGGGACCUAGAGGACCGGCCGACGGUGGUCACGGUGCCGGCGCCGUCGGUCCCGGACCGGGCGUCUGCUUGGGACGAGAGGAAUAAGAAGAUGGACGCGGAGUACACGAGGACAUCCCUCGAGGUCUCGAGGCUGACGCAGGAGAACGCCAAGCUCAAGGCCGAACUCGAGAAACAAACCGACACGUUGAAGCGUACGCAGCACAUCAACGAACUGUACGAAGGAAACACAGACCCGAACGGCAGGAAUGCAGUGGGGAGGGCAGUGGAGGCUGAGAGGGCGAGAGACAGUGCUUGGCAGGAGCUGGAGCAAGCUACGGCGGAGAAGGAGAGGCUGCGAAGCGAGCUAGCCGCGCACAAGCAGACGGCGCGGGCGGCCCAGCUCCCCGUCCCGGCCGAGGUCACCCAAGCCAACGGCAACUACACCAUGGACGAGGCCACGUAUCUCCGAUACGAGGGCCGGUCGCUGGCCGUCGACCAGGCGAAGGCGGGUGCGGCGAGGGCCAAGUCCGUGAUCGAAGACCUCGCUCGACUAGGCUACUUGAGCUUGGACGACUUUGCAUGGAUAGAGAACAUCGCCAGCAGCCCCUAGCUAAGCAUCUCUUCUUCUUAUCUUAUGAAGGCAGGGGGGUAUCCUGCCGUGUACGAGCUAGACGAGCUAGGCUACGCGGGUAGUGAGCCCUAGGAGCGAUAAGAGGCAAGGGACGGGAGUUCAGAUAUUUGAAGGGA